CUUUGUUUUGGGGUCCUUCCUCGCAGCUCCGCGCCAGUCGCGCUGCAGUCGCUCUUUGGGAGCGUUUUAAUGUUUCCAUUUUUUGCUGUGUUUCCCUUCAUAUUUUAAUUUUUCCUUCCAAGCACUUAUCGGGUUUGUGUUGGUAUCACAGCAGAGAUGAAUCUGGAGUUGCUCGAGUCGUUCGGGCAGAAUUAUCCAGAGGAGGCCGAUGGCACCCUGGACUGCAUCAGUAUGGCUCUGACCUGUACGUUUAACCGCUGGGGGACGCUGCUCGCUGUCGGGUGUAAUGACGGACGCAUCGUCAUCUGGGACUUUCUGACGCGAGGAAUCGCCAAGAUCAUCAGCGCACACAUACACCCAGUCUGCUCACUCAGCUGGAGCAGAGACGGACACAAGCUGGUCAGUGCGUCCACAGAUAACAUCGUGUCUCAGUGGGACGUCCUGACGGGGGACUGUGACCAGCGCUUCCGCUUCCCCUCACCCAUCCUCAAGCUGCAGUACCACCCCCGAGACAUGGACAAGGUGCUGGUGUGUCCCAUGAAGUCUGCUCCUGUCCUGCUGACGCUGUCUGACUCCAAACACGUGGUUCUGCCGGUGGACGACGACUCCGACCUCAACGUGGUGGCGGCCUUCGACCGGCGCGGAGAGUACAUCUACACCGGCAACGCCAAGGGCAAGAUUCUAGUGCUGAACACAAACACACAGGACCUGGUGGCGUCGUUCAGGGUGACCACAGGAACCAGCAACACCACCGCCAUCAAGUCCAUCGAGUUCGCACGCAAGGCCAGCUGUUUCCUCAUCAACACAGCGGACCGCAUCAUCCGUGUGUAUGACGGCCGCGAGAUCCUGACCUGCGGCAGAGACGGAGAACCUGAGCCCAUACAGAAACUACAGGACCUCGUCAACAGGACGCCGUGGAAGCGCUGCUGUUUCUCGGGGGAUGGUGAGUAUAUCGUAGCAGGUUCUGCCCGGCAGCAUGCGCUCUACAUCUGGGAGAAGAGCAUCGGGAACCUGGUGAAGAUCCUCCACGGGACUCGAGGAGAGCUGCUGCUGGACGUCGCUUGGCAUCCGGUGCGUCCGAUCAUCGCCUCCAUCUCCAGCGGAGUCGUGUCCAUUUGGGCCCAGAACCAAGUGGAGAACUGGAGUGCGUUUGCGCCGGACUUUAAAGAGCUGGACGAGAACGUUGAGUACGAGGAGAGAGAAUCAGAGUUUGACAUCGAGGACGAGGACAGGAGUGAACCGGAGCAGACCGGAGCGGACGCUGCUGAGGACGAGGAGGUGGACGUCACUUCAGUUGAUCCCAUCCCAGCGUUCUGCAGCAGUGACGAGGAGCUGGAGGACUAUAAGGCGCUGCUGUAUUUGCCCAUCGCUCCGGAGGUGGAGGACCCUGAGGAGAACCCGUUCGGCCCUCCCCCCGACGCCGCGGGUCAGAACGCCACGCCCGACGACGGCUCCGCCCACAGCGGCCCUGGAGACAAAAAACAGCGGCAACCGUCGUCCGACGGAGGGCCCCCCAAGAAGAAGAUCCGCACCACCACCAUCGAGCUGCAGGGCGUCCCCAGCGACGAGGUCCAUCCGCUGCUGGGCGUGAAGGGAGACAGUAAGUCCAAGAAGAAGGCGGCGGGGCGGCCCAAGGGAUCGAAAGGUAAAGACAAAGACUCUCCGUUCAGACCCAAAGUCUGCCGGGACAGAGCAGAGGGGCUGGGGACGCCAGGAAACCUGGUGUCGGCGGCGUACAAGCAGCACGAGGUUCAGGGUCUGGACUGAAGGCACGGCGCCCCCUGUCUGUCUGGAUGAACCACGCUGCUCUUUUUUUAUGGACUCUAUGGACUGUAUUUGUGUUGUUUUACAUCUCAACGACGCCAUCUGAUCAGUUUCUUCGCAUAGAGAGAGCGAUAGGAAGAGGGAAUAGUGUAUUUUUUAUUUAGAGUAGAUGGAUCUGUCUCUGUAUAAGCAGUUUGGUCGUAUGCUCAGUCAGAUGUCUUAUAUUUGUUCUGCGUUUGUUUCUUUAUUUUCCGAGACUGGUUGUGUUUUUUUUAUACCUAUUAAACCAGUUUGUUUUUGA